AGACAAAGAAAUAUUACAGAACAUUUAUAUAAAUAUUAAUAAUUUUACAAGAAAUAAACAAACUUUUACUUUUACUUCUGGCCAAAUAAAUUGCAAAAAUCAGAUAAAUAAAAGUCAUUACAAGCAAAAACAUAUAAAGAAACGGAAUAAUAAAAUUCAAAUAUUUGCGAAGACUAACAAAUUCAAUUCAACCAAUCAGGUGUGAGAGUGUGUGCAACGGUGCAACCAAAAUGAAUAAACUUGAUGCAACAUUAGAUGAUGUGCAAAAUACGCGUUUCAGUAACAUUUACCAUGAUUUGAUCAAACAAAUGUCAAAGCAAACACAAUUCACCGAAAUGGAAGUGCAAAGUAUACUCUUGGUCUAUCACAAGUUUGUCUUGGCCAAUGGACCCAAGGCCAAAUCGAUGACCAAAAAACAAUUUAAUAAUUUAUUUUUGGUGCUUUUUAAAGUUUACGAUUUGCAAAUUAUCGAACGCAUAUUAAUGUUAAUAACAUCGGAUUUGAAAAAGGAAGUGGAUCCUAUAGCCUGGGUGAAAUUGUUUUCGGUAUUUAUGUCCAAUAAAUUGGAACAGAAAAUGAAGUUUACUUAUCAGAUUUAUAAUGUGGGUGCCACGGGUUCAUUGACCCGCGAGAAUGUCACCUUGGCGGUAGAGAAAUUUUUCACCGGAGACGAUGAAGAUGAGGUUAAUGAACUGAGAUCGGACAUGGUUGAAUUAUUAUUUCGCAAAUUCGAUGUCGACAAAGAUGGUCUCAUUUCAUAUGAUGAUUAUGCCGCUGUUGUAACCAAACAACCCAUGUUGUUGGAGUUUUUAGGUCAAUGCUUUCCAAAUGUUGAUGGCAUGACUGUCAUUGCUUAUUGUGCCAAUAUUUUAUCCAAAAUCUCAUUUCCUAAAUCGAAUAUUGAGGAGUGAAUGACUAAAUGAAUGAAUGAAUCUAUGAAUGAAUGAUUAGCUAUCAAAAUGAU